AUGAACACUUCUACUUACAUUCUCGUGGUAUUUUACUUGCUCUUGAACUGUUAUACGUUCGUUGAACCAAAACGUCCCACAUUGACGAAUUCAACACAUCACUGCCCUCGACCCAACGUUGGGACGUGUUCCUGCGAGUGGACUGGGGAGUAUUGCAGAGUGACUUGUGCUGGACUCGAUUCCCUGCCAAAGAAUCUACCGCCGAAGUUGGUGGAAGUUUAUAUUCACAAGGGAACCAUUUCUGAAGUACCCGAAGAUUUCUUCACGCCUUUUGAACUACUUCAAGUCUUAAUGAUUCAACAUAACAAGGUGUCCAAUAAAUUUCGCUUGCCCAAAAACACAUGGAAUGUGGAUCUUACAGGAAAUAUGAUGAAGCCAUCUGAUCUCCAUGGCAUGUUUGAUGGACUAAAGAAAAUACAUCAGAUAACUCUUUCCGAAAAUCAACUGCAAGACAAUCUUUUACCAGGAACUUUUCAAGAUAUAAGCAAGCUGAAUAGUCUGAUCAUUGAAAGUUCUCACAUGACUGACAUCAAAGAAGGCACUUUUGUAGGUCUGAGUAACCUAGUUAAGCUGGAACUUGUUCGUAAUAACAUUCAUACUCUAAGAAAAGGCACUUUUAAAGGAAUCAAGACUUCAAAAGACAACGCCAUGGAACUGUAUCUGAAAUCAAAUAAUUUACAUGUUAUUGAAGAUGGGACUUUUAAGGACUGUUUGGAAAUAAAAAGAUUGGAACUGUCUUUCAAUAAUUUAACAAAGCUUCCCGACCUGCAUGGGCUGUCAAAGUAUGUUGAAAAACUCGAUUUUACGAAUAAUAGAAUUACGGAUUUUAGCUCUCUGAACAAGUAUGGAAUCAUUUCUAUAAUGGAGCUGUUAUUUGGUAAUAAUGACAUUUCAGAGAUUCCAUCUUACAUUUUCAAGAAUAUUACUAUCGGAAGACUAUUGGAUUUGACUGAUAAUCAUAUAAAACAUGUUCCAGGUCGAUUCCUUCAAAAUUCUCCAGACGUUGUCGAAAUACUUCUACAUAACAACGAAAUCGAGUCUAUUGAUGAAGACAGUUUUGAAGGUCUUUCAAACCUACAAGGAUUAUACCUGUUCAACAAUAAGAUCAAGCAGUUACCCAAUGGAGUCUUUAAAAACCUUCCGCUGACAAAACUGUAA